AUGUCUGGCGGUCGCAUUGUCGUGUAUCUCUUGGGGCAAGACCUUCGCACUGCCGAUAACCCUAUCCUCCAUUAUCUGUCCAUAACUGGCAGCGAACAUGGCUAUACCCACCUGCUGCCUGUGUAUGUCUUGCCUCCUGACCAGAUAGACCUUUCUGGCUUGGUCAAAGAUGGAGAGACGUUUCCAUAUCCCCAUGCGCUGACCGGGGUCGGAAGAUACUGGAAGUGCGGCAUCCACCGCGUCAGGUUCCUGGUGGAAUCGGUCUGGGAUCUGAAGUCCAAGCUUGAAGCUCUUGGAUCCGGCUUGAUCAUUCGUGCCGGCAGCUUCCCCGACGUCUUGGAGGGCAUCGUCCAACAUUAUGCCGACCAACAAGACGGCCCUCAAGUCGCCGCUGUGUGGAUGACCAAGGGGUUUCUGCCGGUGGAAGUCAGCGAACAGCAAGCAAUCGCUUCUUUCUGCGACGAGGUUGGACUUCGUUUUGUUUCGUUUCGCGAUCACAAGUGGUUUAUCGAUAAUCCUGAACUCUCUACUCGUUCAAUUCUCGAGUUGCCAGACAAGUUCUCUGAGUUCCAGACGCGAAUCGGCCGUAUGGAGUACCAGCCUCGCCGUGCUCUUCCUCCCCCCCUGUCCUUCUCGUUGCCCCCUUAUCCAGAUCAUGCAUCCCUCCCUACCCAGAAGCACCCCUUCGACAUUCCAGACACAUUGCCAAAACUCUUUGAGGUGUUGAGCAAGCAGGUAGGGCUUAGUGCUGCGUUCAAGGAAAUCGGCUCCAGGAGCUUGCCAGCAGUAUUCCCCGCCAGGGGCGGCGAAACACAGGCUCUCAAUCGACUGCGUUAUGUCAUCAAGAAGGGCAUCGUAUCGCAGUAUCAUACAACCAUUGACGACUUGAAAGAGCAAGAUGGGUGCUUCAACCUGUCUGCUUACCUGUCUCUUGGUUGUAUCAGUGCUCGGCAGGUCCACGAAGAGCUAGUCCGGCUCGAGCAGGGCACCGAGCCGGAUUUUGCUCAAGCUCUGGGCUUCGGGAAGGGCGAGAACAUGGGGACAAAGGCACUUCGAGCAGAGAUGCUCCAUAUCGACUUCAUUCGACUGUGCAAUAGAAAGUACGGCCAGAGUGUCUACAGCCCUGAGGGCUCCGGCCCGGGCAGAAACCCGGGCAUAUAUUACAAGACGCCAAAUCGGAACAAGGCACGUCCAGACCAAGUGCCUUGCCCCCUCGGCAUCGAAGGCAUUCUCGUGCAGUUCCAAGUAGGAGCUACCGGAUUCGGUCUCAUCGAUGCCAUCAUGAGGCAGCUCCUGUGCACCGGAUACAUCAGCAUCCGCUCCCAGAUGCUUGCUGCCAACUUCUUGGGCAAGUUCGCAGGCGUCGACUGGCGCUACGGUGUCGAAUGGGUGGCGUCUCUUUCCAUAGAGCACGACGCAUCUCUGCAUUGGCAUCGAUGGCAGCACUAUGUCGGCAUUGGCCCUGAUCCCAGUGGCGGUGAAGUGACCUUCUCUCCUGCCCACGCCGCCCUCGAGUUCGAUCCGGACGGACACUUUGUACGGGAGUGGAUGCCAGAGUUGCGGCGUCUUACGGCACUGCCAAACCUGUUCAGAGUAGCCACGACUCCUCCGGAGCUUCUGCAGCUGCUCGGGCUGGCGACGAGUGUCAUGGUAACGAGGCCGGUG